CUCACCCACGACCCACAACAACCAAAACAAACCACAACUUGGUUGGUUCCAAAAUUUUCUCUUGGUUUUUUUCAUAUUUUCGAAAUUAUUAUUUCUGUCUGGACAAAGCUUUUAAAAUUGGAUACUGUUCGCCCCAAUACAAUUAUACGAUUUAUAGGAUAAGGCAUAUACUAAAUAUUUAGAUAAUGGAUCGAUUGAAGUCAGUGCCUUAUAAAUUAUGGCGUCGUCGAAGCGGAAACAGCCAAAUAUCCGACCAAAACCCUCCCACCUUAUCAUCCCCCACGGAAGAUGACGACAUUUUCGAAGAAGAAAGGUCACCCCUCGAACUCGCCACUGAAGAGAACGCUCAUCUUCAAGCCACCGUGAUCAAGUUGACCCAAGAUCUCGAAAGUUUGCAAAAUUCACACCUCUCCCUAGAGUCAAAGGUGGACGAUCUAGAUCAAAAAUUGCAGCUCGAACGACGCCGAGUCGAAUGGCAGAAACGAUUUUACGAAAAGAAAAUUGUCGACGUGGCCAUGGGUGUGUUUUCAUCAUCCGACAAUGAUCACGGAAGGUGCGACCCGGACCAUCUCCUCGCCUCCUUGUCGCACGACUUCUACAAGGAAACGAUUCUCGAACUGGUCGCGGAGCAGGAGCGGAAAGACGGUCAAAUUCAAGAUAUGAAGUCUUCCUUCGAAGAAGAAAUCAAAAGGUUGCAGACGAGACAAGAGGCUGACCUUGCGGAUACCGUGGAAGCCCAUUUCCUCCAAGUCCAGCAGUUGACCCAAGGUCAAGAAGAAUUGAUCCGCGACCUGUUAAGUGGUUGUGAGCAAGGUCUCUUUAAAGAAAUGAGGGAAGAAUACUUGAUUGCAUCGGAGAGGAACGUAGAACUCAAGACGACGAAUGGAAAUAAGAUCUGGGUCCAGUUUUCUAAAUUCUCCUCUCAAAAGAAGGGCAUCAUUAUUGCAGUGAUUUCUAUUGUGACCGUAGCCACUGCAGGGUGGGCAAGUUGGGGCUUUAUCACGUGGGUGUGGCCACGUCUCAUCAUUUUCGCCGACUCGGUACUCGCCAACCCACAAACGCUGUCCGUUUGGAUGACGUAUCUCGUCGAGCUGCUAAACUCCCCACAGUUUCAAACCUUUGUUCUCGCCUGGGAGCAAGGUCAGCCGGUGAUGAAUUGUCUCAAACCAUUUCUAAACACGGCCCUCCUCGCAUCCGCAUUACAACUGGCUCCCAACUUUUUGUCGCAGUUGAAAAAACGAAAAUCGGGAAAUACUGCAACGUUUUAAAUUAUUAGGUGAAGUCCAGUUUUAUUUUAAUUGAAAUAAUUGAAACUGGACAUAUUACUUAAUACCAAAUUAUAUUAUUUAAAUGUGUUACUUAAUUAUGAUGAUUGAUCAGUUACGAUCAUUACAAAUUUAGAGCAAGAAGGUAGCGAAAAAUAAUGUAGAGAUAACGUAUAAUUUAAAGGGUCAACGUGCACUUGGAAAUAUUAACUCAUGGUUGGCUUGACCGUCACAAAUUUAGUUAUUGGAAGUGAAAAUACAUAUGUAGAAAGAUAAGAUGUGAAUAAUAAUUAAAUGCCUUUCCAAACUUGUGUAAACUCAUAUACAGAAUAAUAACGUCACAAAUUUUAUUCACAAGAUUCUAGUUUCGCUUUAGACAUAAUAGAUGAUCAAUGUGAUGACCAUAACGGUGAGAGUGAUCAAAACAACGAAAAUUUUGAUAAAAUUGUUAAAUAUUUUUAAAAUUAAGUUUAUUAUCUUGAUUCUGCUGUUAAUGAAUGACUUAAUCCUUAAUUAUUAAUUUAUUAAUAUACACAGUCAACAGUGCUUAGUACAUAAAUAAAACAAAUGACACGCUAUAAUGCAUAUAAGUAUGUAACCCCGUCCAGGAUGUAAUCUUUGCGUUCACAAUAGUUUACGCACAGUCAGACAAAUGAACUUAAUAAAAUUAACUGUAAACUCAAAAA